AUGAACACCGCUGCAGUCAUGACACAUUCAGACGAAAGUACCACGUUACAAAAGAAUUGUUUUCACUCGUCAAAGUCGAUCCAGCAUUUACUUGAUAACAACAAAAAAUGGCGCGAGGAGUUAAUGCAACGUGAUUCCUCGCUCUUUGAUCGUACUGCAGAGGGCCAACACCCUCCAUAUUUAUGGAUUGGGUGCUCGGACUCACGUGUCCCUGCUGAAGAAAUCACGGGAUUGGAUCCAGGCGAGAUGUUUUGCCAUCGUAAUGUAGCCAACCUCGUUGUGACAAACGACGUGAACGUGCUCUCCGUUGUGCAGUACGCAGUCGAGUCGCUUAAUGUGAAGGAUAUUAUUGUAUGUGGGCACUAUUGCUGCGGUGGUGUGAAGGCUGCAAUGGAGAACAAGCACAUUGGAAUCUUAGAUACUUGGCUCCAAACUGUACGUGACGUCCACCGUGAGCAUAAGGCAGAGCUUGAUGCUUUGCCAACGGAGGAAGCGCGUUACCGUCGCACAGUCGAGCUCAAUGUCAUGCAGCAGUGCUUGAACAUAUUCAAAAUGAAUGUGGUGCAACAUCGCCUCGGACGUAAGGACCAGCCGAGUAUCCAUGGCCUUGUGUACGAUGUCAAGACUGGUGCACUGAAAGAGCUCGAAGUUGACUAUUGCGGAUACUUUGCUAAGCUCGUUGGUGUGGAUAGUCUCCAUGCAUUUCCAGACGGUGAACCUACCAUGGGCUUGGCUCACCGACGUCGUAACGCAAUCCUUGAUCUUGCAGAUGGUCUAGAAAAUGAACCUGGUAUGGUUCGGACUCGGUAUAUGGCUCGCAUGCUCAAGCGCGAGGCAGAUUUGUUCUCACCUGAAGAAGUGGACGAAGCCAUCGCAAGCAUCAAUGGGCAAUUGGAUGAUCCUAAUAAUUGUUUCAUAAACAUUAAACAUCUCAUUGCGUACUUUGCUCCCAUGACACCGAAACACGUCGAGUAG